UUCGUUUUCGUCAUUUGUCAUUUUUACGUUUGCACGUAGCUUGAGUCGUGUAAUUUGUAAUUUUAAUUAUCUUGUGCAACAUUUAUUUCAACUGAAAUUGUCAAGUGCUAAAGAUGUCGAUGGAACACAAGUGUUACUGUCGCGGAGAUGAAGGUGUCCACUUAGACCUGGAGAAGCCGGAACACCUCAUGCCUAUGAUGAGGCCUUUCUCCUUGAGGAUGCAAAAUCUCGAAGCGACAGUGGCUAACAUGCUCACUACGGGUCUUCUCACAGACUAUUUCUAUAAUGGCGCCGGUCAAUUGCUGGUGAGCCUAUGGAAGACUACUGAGAAGAUGGUCUAUGAUGUCCACUUGAUAAGAUUUGAAGAGUUCCCUGUAGAGUGGAAUGAUGUUAGCUUCAACAAGAUGCCGCUGCAGCUGACCAAGCCCGCGCCCCAGUUCAAGACCACAGCGGUCGUCAACGGCGAGUUCAAGGACGUCUCGCUCUCCGACUACAAGGGAAAAUAUGUCGUUUUGUUCUUCUAUCCUUUGGACUUCACAUUCGUCUGCCCGACGGAGAUCAUCGCGUUCUCGGAGGGCGCGGACGAGUUCCGCAAGAUCGGCUGCGAGGUGAUCGCCGCCUCCACUGACUCACAUUUCGUGCACUUGGCUUGGAUCAACACCCCGCGUAAACAGGGCGGCCUGGGCCCCAUGAACAUCCCCAUCAUCAGCGACAAGAACCACAAGAUCGCGCGCGACUACGGCGUGCUCAACGAGGAGACCGGCAUCCCCUACCGCGGGCUCUUCAUCAUCGACGACAAGCAGAACCUGCGCCAGAUCACCGUCAACGACCUGCCUGUUGGACGGUCCGUGGAGGAGACGCUGCGGCUGGUGCAGGCGUUCCAGUUCACGGACAAGUACGGCGAGGUCUGCCCGGCCAACUGGAAGCCCGGGGACAAGACCAUCAAGCCCGACACCAAGGCUGCGCAGGAGUACUUCGUCGACGCCAACUAGAGGCCCGCCACCUGCUCCAGCCUAACUUUCAAUGCGAUACUAGCGACAUCGAAAUAUUACACCUUCAGUAAAAGAAUCAAAAUAAUUCGGUCAAAAAUUUCACGUCAAGUUUCAAAACGAGUUGACUUGUCAACGAAAUUUAAUAUUUUCACGUGUUGUUUUUUUUACGAAAUUUAUGUCACGAAACUGUUUUCAUGACUCUUGUAUCGACAUGGAUAAUUAGGCUUUAUAGUACUAAUGCUGGACUUGAUGAUAAAUUUUUGUCGAGAUAUCAUUUUGUAAGGCCGGUUCUGCAUUACUAACUGCAUCGUGCGUUAUUUGGCAAAUUUAACGAGCUCGGUUAUAAUAUAAAUAAUAUAACAAAAUGUAAGUCGUUCAGAGACAAAGAACAGUAAUUAUGUACUAUUUUGAAACAAUACUUUUUUUUUUUUGCCGAGCGGUGAUUUUUGUAUAGCAACAAUCUCCUAAAAUGAAUAUUUUGUAAGACACCUAAUAUUUAUGAUUUUAACUUUUGCCAAUGCAUUUGGAUCACUUUGGGAUUACUUACUUUUUGUCAUUAAUGAAUUUAACAUCAAAUCCAGCAACUCGAAACUUUAAGAUUUUAAAGAUAAUUUCUCUAGCAUAGCUGUUACAUUUAUCUUUCACAGGCUAUAAGCCAAUCAGCAUUAUCGAUCGUUAGCAUAAGGGCCUCUGUGAUUCUGUUGAUCGGAAUAAUGAAGGUUAUAAAAAUAUUGUAUGAAAGUUCAAACGCUUCGCUGUCAUAUGCACACAUAUUUUAUUACAUUUGUGGCGUGCGUUUGACAGAGUUAGUGUGAAUCUCACGAGUGUUAUGGUACGGGUCAGACAAUAAAUUAUUGUUAACGAUGAAUGAUCAUUGAAACGUGCUGCAUCAAGCGAGGCUGUAAUAAAAGCUAUUAUGUUCUA